CAUCUGCUCCAGCUGUCGGUCUCCCCACUCACGCUCUCAGGGUCAUACAGGCAGCAGUUUAAGGGACCACUGUUUAACGCCAGCUCAUCCAGGACGAGCGCAGCCACCAGACGGACGCAACGGUCUGAGGGAAACUCGGAGACCGAAGACUCAACAGAAAAGACUUAACUGUACCACUUAUUGACUGCUCUGUACAUCACAGAGUCUCGACUUCACGGGACUACUACCUGUGUGAAAGUGGUGUAUGUGUGGCUGUGUGCAUGUUUUACUUGUGUUUUUCUGUCCAGUUACGUAUAAGUUAGUACAUUAGUAUGCAGGGUGCUUGUGUGUCAGUCUUAUGCCUGUGCGUGUGCGUGUCUGUGCUCCUCCGCAGUGCAAUUUCACAAACGCAUAAAGAAACUGACACCUACACGGAAUGCACAGAUGGGUAUCACUGGGACGCUCACACUGAGCACUGCAGAGAUAUAAAUGAGUGUGAGACCAUUCCAGAUGCCUGCAAAGGGGAAAUGAAGUGCUUCAACCACUACGGAGGCUACCUGUGCCUUCCCCGGUCUGCGUCAGUCAUCUCUGCCUCAGAGCCCUCAAUCACUCCCACUGAGGCCUUUAACCCUUGCCCCUCAGGCUACGAGCCGCAAGGAGACAGCUGUGUGGAUGUUGAUGAGUGUGAACGAGAUGAACAUGACUGCCAGCCCAGCCAGGAAUGCAUCAACUCAGUGGGGGCCUUCAGCUGUCAGUGUCCCGAUGGGUACCGCAAAGUUGGCACCGAGUGCAUCGACAUUGAUGAGUGCAGGUACAGGUACUGUCAGCAUCGCUGCGUCAACGUCCCUGGUUCCUUCUCGUGUCAGUGUGAGCCCGGUUUCCAGAUUGCAGGAAACAACCGGUCUUGCAUUGAUGUGAAUGAGUGUGAGAUGGGGGCUCCUUGCUCUCAGAGGUGUUACAACACUUACGGGACCUUCCUUUGUCGCUGUGACCAGGGCUACGAGCUUGGACCUGACGGCUUUAUUUGUAACGACAUCGACGAAUGCAGCUACUCCAGUUACUUAUGCCAGUUUCAGUGUGUCAACGAACCGGGGAAGUUCUCCUGUGUGUGUCCAGAUGGAUACAAGCUGCUGGGCAGCAGAAUGUGCCAGGAUAUAAACGAGUGUGAAACUGGUGAACAUCAGUGCACUGACACACAGACCUGUGUGAAUAUUCAUGGACGGUACCAGUGUGUGGAGGAAAACCGUUGCCUAGACCCUUACGUACAACUAUCUGACAACCGCUGCGUGUGCCCCGUCAACAAGCCUGCCUGUCGAGAUCUGCCCUUCUCUGUGGUCCACCGCUACAUGAGUAUCACCUCGGAGCGCACCGUCCCCUCCGACAUCUUCCAGAUUCAGGCUACCAGCGUCUCUGCAGGGGCUUACAACACCUUCCGCAUCCGGUCCGGGGACGAGAACGGAGACUUUUACAUCAGGCAAAUCAAUAACAUCAGUGCCAUGCUGGUGCUGGCCCGUGCCGUGUCAGGGCCCCGAGAGUACACGUUGGACCUGGAGAUGGUGUCAAUUAACCCUCUGCUCAGCUACCAGGGCAGCUACCAGUCCAGCUCCGCCCUCAGGCUCUCCAUCUACGUCGGUCCGCACACGUUUUAAAGUAGAAGAAGAGGAUGAUUGGAGGGACACAGAUGCAAAAGAAGCUGUAAAACAGAAGUUGUCAAUGCAGUUCAACCAGUCACUGUGAUGCUACAUUAUUAGCUUUUUGUGCUUAGUCACUGAAAUAAAGUGACCAUUUUUUUUGUCGGUUUAUAUAAUGUAUAAGAAUAUACAUGCAGUACAGUAUACACUUGUAUUGUAGCAGCAGUGUCACAGAGAUGAAUAUCCGGUUUAAUUAUUCCAGUCCAAGUUAUUCCUUUGAGUUUAAUUUGAACGUUUUCCUGUUAUGGUGUUUACUUUUAUUUUGUGUUUUACACCUGCCUGACAGCAUCACUCUGUGGUCAGCAUUUAUGAUGGAGAUUCUACUCUGUUCAGGGUGAUAGCAAAUCUGUGUGACAUAUUUUCCUUCAGGUGAAAGGAUCUGCUCCGUGUCACCAGACUGAUCAGUUUUCACCAGUUUACAUACUUUUACCCCCCCCCAUCCCCAGUUCAUCUUAGUUUGUCACUUUAUUGUUGUCAGUGCUGUUUCCUGUUGACACCCAGGAGUCAGUAACCACUCACAUCAGACCUCAGACCCACGCUUCCCCUCCAGCCUCCAUCGUUCACUCCCACAUUUGAGCUCUGCCCCUUCAGAACUUAGGUUUGUCACAAUAUGUUGUGCUUUAUAUUUUUUUAAGAUCUGAAUCUUAAAUAAAAUAAAACAGUUU